GAAGAGGGCAGCAACGCCCAAAAAAGCCAAAAAAUCAGGGCGCGGCUAUAGCAUCACUCACAGUACCCCUCAACACCCCUCCACCCCACUUGCUGUGUGCCUCCCAGUCCAACUCCCCCCUCCCGGCCACACCGGGAGUCAGUCUGGUCUGCCCGACCUCUUCUAUCUAUUUGUACUCAUACUUCUUCUUCUUCUUCUUCUUCUUCUUCUACUUCUUCUUCUUCUACUCCCUUCCUUCAUCUCUAUUUCAUUAUACCCAAACAAACUUCUCCUCCUUCCCUCCCUCCAUCCCUCUCUUUGAUUCCAAUCACAAUCAUGUCUAACGGAAAGACCUUCACUCUCAGCAACGGCGUCAAGAUCCCCGGCGUGGGUUUCGGCACCUUCGCCAGCGAGGGCGCCAAGGGUGAGACCUACCAGGCCGUCACCGCCGCCCUGAACACCGGCUACCGUCACCUCGACUGUGCCUGGUUCUACCUCAACGAGGACGAGGUCGGUGACGCUGUCCGCGACUUCCUCAAGGCCAACCCCACCAUCAAGCGCGAGGACCUCUUCAUCACCACCAAGGUCUGGAACCACCUGCACCGUCCCGAGGACCUGGUCUGGUCCGUCGAGAACUCCCUCCAGAAGCUCCAGCUCGACUACAUCGAUCUCUACCUCAUCCACUGGCCCAUUGCCGCCGAGAAGGAGACCCAGGAAAAGCCCAAGAUCGGCGCCGAUGGCAAGUAUGUGAUCCUCAAGGACCUCACCGAGAACCCGGAGCCCACCUGGCGCGCACUGGAGAAGGUCUACAAGGAGGGCAAGGUCAAGGCGAUCGGCGUGUCCAACUGGACCAUCGAGGGGCUGGAGAAGCUCCUCAAGUUCGCUGAGGUCAAGCCCCACGUCAACCAGAUCGAGAUCCACCCCUUCCUGCCCAACACCGAGCUGGUCAAGUACUGCUUCGACCACGACAUCCUCCCGGAGGCGUACUCGCCGCUGGGCUCCCAGAACCAGGUCCCCACGACUGGUGAGCGCGUCAGCGAGAACGCGACCCUGAACGAGAUCGCCUCCAAGGGCGGCAACACCCUGGCGCAGGUGCUCAUCGCCUGGGGUCUGCGCCGCGGCUACGUCGUGCUCCCAAAGAGCUCCAACCCCGCCCGCAUUGAGUCCAACUUCAAGAGCAUCGAGUUGUCCGAUGCGGACUUCGAAGCCGUCAACAAGGUCGCCGAGCCCCGCCACUUCCGCUUCGUCAACAUGAAGGACACCUUCGGCUACGAUGUGUGGCCCGAGGAGACCGCCAAGAACCUGUCUGCUUAAACAACCACACUUUUUUUGAGAUUUAUGCGGGUCAUAAACGGAGUACAUAAGCAGGUGGGGGACCUUUCGACAUACCACGGUUGGGCGCUGGCGUACGUGAAUGAGC